AUGAUGCUAGUGAAGUGCUCCAUCCUGGUUGGCAUCCUCAUGCUGAUGAACAAGGUCGUCAGUGGGAAGUCCAACAUAUCCAAGUGCCUUUUUUACGACAAAAGGAAUUCCGAACUGAAGCAGACAUUUUAUGUGCCGACAAGCGAUGUGGACAUGUAUAAGGCUACCAUCCAGAAGUUGUUGACGAGAGAAAUAAAUUUGUUGAACGAGCCCAUGAGCGGUAUUGAUGAGAACAGUAGCAGUGCCCAAAGAGGAAACAGUACCAUCUCCAAUUUUGACGAAAUAAAAAAAAAAGAAGAAAAAAAAAAAAAUAAAGAAAUGGAAGAAAAAUUAAAGUACAUAGAAAAGUACAGAAAUUACGCCCGAAGCAUUUUAAAAAAUGUCGAAUUUAAGUGUGAAGACAUUGAAGACUAUGAGUCCAAAGUCAAAUGCAAUUUGUGUGUGUAUACAGAAAUUGUCAAUAACAAACAUAUAAGGCAAGGACAAAUUAUACAGAUCUUUAUGAAUGAAUGUAUGUAUGGUUUUUAUUAUUAUGAUAAUAUUAACAAGUAUACUGAGAACAUUAAAGCGGUUAGGGGAUUUCCCGAGGACGACCGAAACUCACAGGCCAAGUUGGACGACAUUUAUUUCAGCAUUACGAAGGACAUUGCUGAAGGGAAAACCAGCGAGAUAAAUUUUUUCAAGCAGACCGCCAGUAAGUACCACCCGGUUUGCUACGUCACGGAGUAG